AUGUCUUCCUUCUCCUCCAACUUCCCCUCCAACAGUACCCGGACGCCAGCGUCCCGCCGACGACCGCUCAGCAUGUACGGCUCAGACAUGUCGUCCGGAAACGUCAUGACAACGUCGGCGUACGAUUCGCUCGAUGACUGGGGUGGUGCUAGUGUCACCUCGUCCACUCCCCCGUCCCAGUUGCAGCGCGGACUCUCGUCCCAGAAUCUGGAGAUAAUCCGCCUCAAUAGCGAAGUCGCACUCCUCAAAGAACAGCUAGCUGGCCGACCGACACAGGAUGAUCUCGAUGAGCUGAAGAAUGAGUGGCAGACGACCGAGCAGUUGUUCGCAGAGUCUCAAAAGCCCCAACUGGAAGGUGAAUCGGAUCCUCCUCUCGCAAAGCUGACGUCAGGAAUGCUGCGACCUGCCAUCCCUCAACCCACAGCCAUUCCCGGGAUCGAUGAACAUGCCCCUACCAGGCAUGCGAAACUCGGCGCAAUGAAGGCGUCGACGAGCAUGUCGUCUUCGACUUCUGUCACGCCGCUGUCGCGGUCCCGCAUCGACAGCCGACCCAGCCACAGCUUGCGUGACUACGACACGUCCACAUCGUCUAACGACCGGCUGGAUGUGGAUGUACUCCUUGGGUCCCAGCUGCAGCCCGCCAACCGUGCGCCGCCGCGACAAGCUUCGCCGAGAUCUCCGACACCUGCAUCCCGGGAUAGAGUGUUGGAACAGGUCGAGACUCUGACAGGCAUGAUCAAGUCGAUGCCGAGUAAUCUUGUCGAGACAGUCUUGGAACAGCUGGAGUUAAACGAGGCCAUGAGGAAGCAGAGCGAGUCGCGAAAAGAGGCUGCCACUAAGAAGGAGAAGGAGGAGGAGCUGAAGCUGGCGGAGUCAAAGCUGGAGAGGAGAAACCAGAUCCUCUUGGAGAUGCUUGAUGCCGCUGAGAGAAGAGCGGAGGCGAGGGAGCUGAGGCUGCAGACCAUGCUCGCAGAGCCAGUGGGCAGAUGGACUGGUGAACACACCCUCGAUACCGGCAGCUCGUCGAGACAUAUUUUUGACCAUUCCGUGUAA